AUGAAUAGACUUCUUGAUAUACUAAAUAUUCUAGUAAGCAAAUCAACACAAUUCAGCUUUACACAAGAAUCAAUCUCUGAACUUGAUUCGGAUCACAAUCCAGUCAAAAUACAUUUAAAUUCUGUAUUGCAAUUUCACAGCUCAAAUAACUCAUCGUUCAAAGGUAAACCAAACUGGUGCACUUAUUUGGACUACUUAAAUAAAAAAUUAAAUAUUCCUAAAAAUAUAAAUACUGUCUUAGCAGCAGACAAAAUGGCCGAACACUUCACUGAAGUCAUUACUAACGCUGCACGAUUGUGCUCGGACACCUCAACCCACAAUCAAAUUCAAAAUAAUCACUGUGCCUUACCACUGUUCAUAUUGAAACUAAUCCAACAAAAACACUACGCCAGACUCUCUUUCUGA